AUGUUUGCUGCAGUUGUGUCGGGCGUUGGCGCAGUCUUCUACAUCAUAGCCAGCGUGUUUCCGCUGAUCGAUCCCACUUGCCCUUACCGCACACCUCUGUCGCGCUUUCUGCAGUUGGUCUGGGAUGCUGUACUCGUAGGGGUCUCAUGCGCGGGUUUGUAUGUCAUAUUGGUCUACCGGUCGGUGGCAAAAUGGAUCAAGAACAAGGAUGUCUAUCUUCCCGAUAUCAGCCCUUCCGCGCUCAAGGGCUUAAUGACGGACGAUGCUACCGCACCAGUCAUGCCCCGCUUGUUGAAGUCAUAUCUCAAGCGCGAGCCCGAUGAGAAACGGGAUCAGGUGAUCCAUCAAGCCUACCAUCCUCAAAUGGAACGGCUAUCCGUGUCUAUCAACGAGCUGUCGUACUUGACUACGUUUACGAAGCUUCAUCUGUUGGAUAGCCCGGACACCGUGCGCUAUAUGUCACGCAAUCUCCUCGAUAUGACGCGCGGCGGCAUAUCCUCGUACAUCUCUUCCCUUCUCGAGCACGAAGGCAUCAUGUCGAAGCUCUCUGCCGUAUUCCGGCACAUCGACUCUCCCCUUGACGCGAUAGGCGCAAUUCGAUUCCUGCAGAUGCUUCUACUCGCAAUCAAUGAGCUUGACCAGCUCAAUUCGAUAGAAGCUGUUGCAUCGAACGAGGACAGUCGAUGGGCCCAUCUGGAUGCGGUGGUCGGCUUACUGCCGGCAUUUUUCGAUCGAUACGGCGAACUCAACGACGAAGCGCUGGCACAGAGUGACGUCACUCUGCUCGCGGCGAGCGCGAGUCUGCGCUGGACGCUCGUCUUGGCCAUGGGGAGGGUUCAAGCGUGCGAUGGCACGAGCGGGGCCCCUGGCUGCUUCGCACAGUCGAGAUUGCAGCUGGUGAUGAAGAUGUUACAGAGAGUACCGAGUCUCCGCUUGUGCGCCGUCACAGCGCGCGAUAAGGAUGACAUCGACGAUCUCUUCAAUCCAAGAGAGCUCGACCCUCCGACAGACCACCGAGUCCAUUGGGCCAGGGCCAGAUACGUGCUCGCGUAUCGUAAUGCGUUCACUCUUCUUGAGGGCGCGCGUCGUUGUCACUGGAACGACGGUUGGCAGCACCCUGACACACGAUAUCUCCCGAAGGACACCCGGUGUAUGUGGGACUGGGGUGUACUCGUUGUCCCCAAUCGGGAACCCAAACCUGCCCCUUCUGCAGCUUUGCAUGCGGUACUCAGCGAUGGCUUUGUCCAGAGCUCCCUGGCAGUUGGUCCAGGAUUGGCCAUCCAUGAUGGUUCGCAACUUGAUACCAUCGCCACCAGUGCCCUCCGCAAGUUAGAGGGCAUCGUCGAUCGUCAUUUGUCUUUCGCACCUGUGCAGGAAGACACCGUGCAGGACCAUGGAGAGGAAGCCCCGACGUCCGAAGAUGCAGCGCAGAGUCGUACUCCUGGGGCAGCCAUGGCCGAUGAUACCUCACAGGGUCAGCCAACGGAUACGACGACGGAGGUGUGCUUCCAACGCUCUCCCGGUAGUCCUUCGCAUCAUUCCAGUUCGAGCAGUAGCGAUAGCGCCAAAGACGAGACCGGACCGCUCAUCAGCCCCAUCACACCUCAGGACGAUGAUCACGCAGAGGAGGCCUGGAAGAAUGUCCGGUCAGGCUUACACGGAACACACUGA